ACUGUUCAGUCUUCCAUUUGGCGUCGUAGACGACACACUACACACAAAUUGUAGCGUAAUGCUGUCCCUUAUUUUUUUGAAAUUAUUAAAUCUACUGGUUCUACCAACAACUUGUUGAUUCGUGUGAUUGACAACGUGACACUGUGUCGUUUCUAAAAAAACGUUUUGUUUACGCAUUAUCACGCGUGGUGUUUUUCGUGUUGUGAUCGAAAGAAGUUUGCAGUCACGUUGCCUGCAAAAAACGAGACUGUGCGAACACGAUGGUGGACUGUGGUGACCCACCAUUGAAAAAUAAAAGCCCGCCAUAUUUACGUCGUGUUCAGUGUUUCGUGGUGGUGACAAACGCAAAGAACAUCGUUACCAACAUACGGGCGUGGUGAUUCUACCGGAAGGUACGAGAAAAGAUUCUUGGCCGCGUGUAAGAACAUUAAAGAGAAAUCAGAGUGAGGCACUGGAAAUGGUUGCCAACGAAAUUGCUGGCUCUGGACAGGUGGAUGUCUUCCUCGGAGGCGGUAGCAGGUGGACAACAUCAUCUACUGACUUAAGAAUAACUUCGACGUGCCACACGAGUAGACUGUCGGGCGUAACGGUGGGCGUAGGAUCGACGGCGUCGGCGCCAACGACGACGCCACCCGGCGGCGAUACGCUCAACUUAAGCCAGCACCGCUACGGACCUGACUACGCGGCGGACAGACAUCGCACCACGGCCGUUCAGGGGUGGACGGACACGCGCCCACAGUCGGCCGACAUUGGCCCGUCAGAGACGGACGAGAAAGGUCUUGCUCAGCACAGAUCCAAUAGUUCUUCCAUUAGCCGCCAGUCGAACAAGGCGAAUCAAUCGCUUGAAGAUUGCGGCCAUAGUGCAGUGCGUGGUGAUAUCUCUUGUUCCAGCGACGUGGCCCAAAUACGGAUUAGUGUCUGUAGUGGAUUACUUGACCAAUCGGCUCAUGGCGAGGAUUUGAGUGCGCCAGUGAUCGAAACGGAGGACGAGCGGCUGCGGAGUCAUAACAUCCGCGCUGGUGUCGUUAAUGAUGCCCUGGAUGCUUCGCCGGACGACCAGCAGCACGACGACAAGAUGCCGCGCCAGUCAUCGCAUUACGAUUGCGGCUCGGUUACGCAACAACACGCACAAUGGAAGACGCAGGGAGAAGGUGACGAAGGCAACACGGUUUCUACAUCGCCUUCCGGCGGAGUGAUCGUUGGAGGCGUACCGCUGAAAUCGGCACUUAAAAGGCCUCCCGUUGCACGUUGUGGCGGAGUGGCCGGAUCGUUGCAGCAUCUGCAGUCGUUGCGCAAAAAGGCUCGCGUCCGAUUUAACGAGGCGCUCAACACUUUCCUCGAGUGCGAUUACGUCAUUUACGUGGACGACGACGAGUAUGACCUCUUGUACCAUUUGGAUGCGGUUGCGGCAGCUGCCGCCGCUGUUCAAGCCGAAGCUGAAUUAGCGGAUCCGGCCACCACGGCAACUGCGAAGGAACAGCCUCAAUUAGUCAACGUUCGCUCGUUUGAACUUCAGUUGCCCGAGACGUCAGUGACGUCGACUUGUGUCAGUCAUGGGACCAUCACGCCCGCGUCUUCCGCCCUUUCCACUGGGGAUGCUGGAACGUUAAGUCCGCCCGAUGGUUACAAGGAUGCAGCCGCAUUUUACGCCGCUGCUGCCGCCUUGGUCGAUCUGGAAAACCAACAUCUUUCCGGCUUCACCGACGAUGGCGUAGAUCCAUGGGAGUCUGAAGACUACGAUGAUGAAGAGGCUAUGGCUGACGAGGCGGAAGCGUUCGACAACGGCUGGGUGGAAGCUCAGACGGCGGAUGAAUCGCCAAAAAUCGAAGCAAAUCGGCAAGAGCAACUACAACAAGAGGCAGCCAGUGAUGGAAGUGAAGCUGCAGAUUUGGUCGUCCCUUUGCCAGAUCCGCCACGUACGGGCAUUCUCAAAGGAGGCAAAUUAUGGCGAGGAGCCGUCAAUAACAACAACAGCAACGACAGUAGUCAGAACAACAGCUCUUCAGCGUCCUCUUCGAGCGGCUCAACGUCCAUUGGAGGAGAACGAGGAGGUGGAGAAGAGGCCACUUUAUCACGUCACGGUGAAAAAUCGCCAGCUGUCCGUUUCAUCCAUCUGAACGACGCUCAGGCUGGAGGAGACUCGUCGGAAGAAGGAACCAACACGACUGCAGCAAACGCCGGUGGCGCUGGCGGCCAGUCGCAAAGAAGCGCUGGACAUCAUCACAAUUCGGCCUUCCAGCAGCUGUUCCCACGAGCUAGAAAGCUUCUCCAAGAAUUGCCCGAAGCCGAAAUCCAGCGGUUGACCACAGCCGCUCGAGCCAAUAAUGCUCCGUCGUCCGUCUCGUCGUUCUCCUCAUCCAGGGCCGGCCUCACGUCUCUUAGCCAUCCGACCGACUCCGGCACCGACACUACCGACGCACCCGACCUCAAGUACGAAAAGGCUUUACGUGUUGGCGAAGUGACAGAAGACUCGGAGGAAAGCCAUCCGCCAACUGGAGGAGCGUCCGCUGCUGCCGCCGCCAGAUUAGGGGUGCAAUAUUCUGCGGAUUACUACCAAAUGAUCAAGCGGAUCCGAUCGGCGUCUGCCGCUGAAAAUGCCAGACAUCAACGAAGAACGGAUGCCACUCCGCCGACGGCUGCGGAUUCUCUUGUCGAACGGCUCAAAUGGCUGACGACGACGGAUGUCGAGGACGACGUGGCCGAUGAUUCGCGCGUUGCAGAGGAGAGGGAAGCGGCCGACGGCGGAAGCGAUCUGGAAAUGGCGGCCAUGCAACUGGCGGCCUACGCUUCCGUUCCGGUCGAGAAUGUGGAACAGAGCCAGGAGGCGGAUGCCGCCGAAGACAAUCAACACCAACAGACAUCGUCUCUAAGGUCAACAGCAGAAGCGUCUUCCGGAACUGGUGAAGCGGCCAACCCUUCGGCCGCUUUAACCAAAUCCGCCAAAUCCAGUGCGGGCGGCAAUGAAAAGAGCACGUACAGAAAACUGAACGAGCUCUUCUUCCGGACGAAAUCGAAGGACAAGAAUAAAGACGCUAAUAAAUCAUCGAAUGCGGCACUGAAUCGCAGUUUCUCUCCUCCACCUCCGGCGGAAGUGGAGCCAAAGAUGAAACCGUCCAAGAAACAACAGCAACCGCACCUCAUUCACAUUGUUGGAUUGUCGGGCAAAUGCUCUUCCUCCUCCCCCGUGUCGGCCAGUGCCUCUUCCGGCGCCUCCGGAACAGAGACGCUAGGCCGGAUACCCAACGUCGUUCCAACGGUGGAUCACGUUUACCGGGCGGCCGUCGAUUUGGUCACGCGCAAUUCUACCACCCACCAGUUAAAUCAUCCCGCCGCGAUGGUCCAUUCCGGCGUCGUCAUCCAGGGCCCUUCCAGCAACGAUUCCUACAGUCUGGAUGACAUUGAUGCCGCACUCCAUGCUCAAAUGUCCGCUAACGCUUCUUCCUCCGGCGUGGCGACGGAAGCGAUGCCCCCUCAGUGUAUGUAUUUGUUGCCGGCCAGCCAUCGAAUUCCGGAAGACUCCCGCGACGAGACGGGCGGAUCGCGGAGUUCGGGCAGCUCAGGCGACAGCGGAUUGGGUUUGAGCUCGCACGAUACUAGUCUGACCGGAAUGUCCGACACGGCAACGGACACCGGAUGCGUCCAGGACGAGCUUCAAGCGUUUGUCCGGCAGGACGCGACUCAAGGCCGGAUCGAUCGCAUUAAGAAACGCUACAGCGCCGCCCUGGAGCCGGACGAGGCGGAGGAUUACGGUUUCUUGAGGAGACCGUCGGUGCGCGGAAUCAAGACGAGGUUCGGAUCCACUUCGGAGAUAAUCCAGCAAAUGCAGGCUCAAUUGGCCGGCCCUAUGCCUGCAGUUUCGGCCGCUAGAGCGACGGGACAGACGCACGUCAACUGGUCAUCGUAUGCGGAACAGAGUUCCAUCCAGGCGGAAGCUUUGCUGGAUCCUCGCGAGAAACGGAGAUCGGCCAUGAUGGCCAUGUCCAAUUCGGUUCAUCUUCCAGCUCUUCCCGAAGAUGCCGGCUACUUCCAUCAACAGCAUCAGCAGCUGAUACACAACGCCGCAAGGGCCGCCCAGACGGCCAAUGUGAUGGCAUCCAAUCGACCGGCUUCCGUCAUGAACAUUUACGGUUCAACGGGCGACUUGUACCAGCACCUGAGGGCUCCUGUGAGGCCCGUCAUGGUCCGCCAUCCUCCAUCCACGUCUUCCUCCGCCAUGGCUGGAACUCAUCCAGCCCAACUGCUCGAGAGAACGUCCUCUGUUUCUUCCGUAUCUUCCGCUAUGGAUGCCAGUUCUGUUUACGGCACGAUUCGCAGGCAGCCGCCUCAAGUGAUGCAUCCAUCGUACGCUCAUCCGGAUUCUAUAUCGCCCACUCGAGAUUACGCCCCGGCCGUCAUGAUGCAGCACAUGCAACAACAGCAUCACCUCCAGCAGCAACAGCAUCACCAGAUGCCCCUGCGGAUGACCGUCUCCACACCCGGUGCACCUUACGCGACUAAUCCGCAACAACAACAACAACGACCCGUCUCUCAGCAGAUGACGGCCGGAUCGAUCGCCUAUUAUGCCACUGCCCAAGAUUACGCGUUACAACAGCAACAGUUCCAGAUGCAGCAACAACAUCAACAACAUUACGUUUACGCCACGCUUCCGGGUAAACGCCAAUCGCCCUAUGGAGUUCCGGCUCCUAUUCCCAUCUCUGCCGGCUCUCAGGUGGUCACCGGUGCUCCGACUGUGCUGGAUCCGACUCGCUAUCGCCAAGUCUUGCCGCCCAUGACGUCCCAGGUGACCCUCAGGCCGUCAUCCGCAUUGGCAGACCCUCGCUAUUCGUUGGCCGUCCACAGUGGUCACCUCCAACCUCCUCAUCCUGCUUCGCAACAACAACAACAACCGACAGCUUCGACGUUGAAAGAUGAACGCGAAGGCCCGGAAGGCGCUAGCUCUUCGCCAGGUUUGACGCACCACGACGUCAAUAUGUAAUAUCAUUUGAAAAAAAAGGAAGAGGAGGGGCUUUUCCAUUCUUGAUGGAUGUGAAUUCCGGAGAGAGAGCGUAUUCUAAAGUUAGAAAAGCCGAGACAAAACAACGAUGAAAAUGGACCCAGUUUUCCCCCAGCGCAUAGAUAAUACGGCUCGCCAUCUUUAAAAGACUAACAAUAACAAGUAGGGCGAGGCUUUUAAAAGAGCGCGUGUUGCGAUUGUUUUAACUGACGUCAUUUCGUUCUUGGAACAAGUGAGGUGAACGUCAGUUAAGAGAAACAAAUAACGUGAUCUUUUGUGUGUGUGUGUGUGUGUUUUCAGUGGGCGACCUUGUUAUUAUUUUUCGCGUGUUUUUUUUUUUUGGGGGAGGGGAAUCGGGUCUGUUGUUUAAUUCAAAAUCUGAUUGCGCACACACGCAGCUCCCACACACGAAAAUGGAUUGAAAAAAAAAAAUAGGUUUCUUCUUCGUCUGAUUUUUUCGUUCAUUUUCUCGUGAAUUUGGUACCUGCAAACGAUUCUAGUUUCAAAACAAAUCCAAAUAAAAAUUCAAAGGUGACGACGACACAAGUAAUUUAAAGAAUGUAAAAAAAAAAAAAUAAAUAAAAAGUAUUUACGCAGAAA